AUGUGUCUUGCCUCCUCAGAAUGGGCAUGACGGUGCGGGCCGAGCCGAGGGUGUAGCCACAUCUGGCAGAGCGAGCUGAGCUACGCUGAGCAGGAGCCUCAGUACGCCGGGAGAGCUGCGGCAGAGGGGAAGAUGGGAAAGAUGGAGGAGGAGAGCGGCAACGUCGGGAAGCUCUUUGAGAACUUCAUCCAGGCCUCGACCUGCAAAGGAGCUCUACAGGCCUUUAACGCCCUGUGCAGACGUUUGGACCUCGACCCGGCGGACCACGACACUUUCUACAGCAGCCUGAAGGCAAAGGUCACCUCCUGGAAGGCCAAAGCACUUUGGAGCAAGUUAGACAAAAGGAUGUCCAACAAGGAGUACAAGAAAGGUCAAGCUUGUUUGGGGACAAAGUGCCUCAUCAUCGGAGGAGGUCCGUGUGGCUUGCGGACCGCCAUCGAGCUUGCCUUGAUGGGUGCCAAGGUGGUGGUGAUUGAGAAGAGGGACUCCUUUUCGAGGCACAAUGUGCUCCAUCUUUGGCCCUACACCAUCCAUGACCUGCGGGGCCUCGGUGCCAAAAAGUUCUACGGAAAGUUCUGCGCCGGAGCCAUUGACCACAUCAGCAUUCAGCAGCUGCAGCUCAUCCUCCUGAAGGUGGCCCUGGUCGUCGCUGUGGAGUUUCACAUCAACGUGGAGUUCAUGGAGCUGCUGGAACCCCCAGAGGAUCAGCAAAAUCAAGCGAUUGGGUGGAGGGCCGCAAUCCGACCUGCGGAUCACCCGGUGGCCAACUUUGAGUUUCAUGUGGUGGUGGGGGCCGAUGGACGGAGAAACACGCUGGAAGGCUUCAAAAGGAAAGAGUUCAGAGGUAAACUGGCAAUUGCCAUCACAGCCAACUUUAUCAACAGGAACACGACAGCGGAGGCCAAAGUAGAGGAGAUCAGCGGCGUGGCGUUCAUUUUCAACCAGAAGUUCUUUCUUGACCUCAAAGAGGAGACAGGCAUUGAUCUGGAGAACAUCGUGUACUACAGGGACAACACACAUUACUUCGUCAUGACGGCUAAGAAACAGAGUCUGCUGGACAAAAAAGUUGUCAUCAAUGACUACAUGGACACCCAGAUGCUGCUGAGCAGCGAAAACGUCAACCAGGAAGCCCUUCUGAGCUACGCCCGAGAGGCCGCUGACUUUGGCACAAAGUACCAACUUCCCACCCUCGAUUAUGCCAUGAACCACUUGGGGCAGCCAGAUGUGGCGAUGUUUGACUUCACAAGCAUGCACGCGUCUGAGAACGCCGCCCUGGUCAGGGAGAGAUUCGGACACCAACUGCUGGUGGCUCUGGUUGGCGACAGUCUGCUGGAGCCCUUCUGGCCAAUGGGAACUGGUUGUGCCAGAGGUUUCCUGGCUGCCUUUGAUACAGCCUGGAUGGUAAAGAGCUGGGCUGAAGGCCGGCCGGUUCUGGAGGUUCUGGCAGAAAGGGAGAGCAUUUACCGACUUCUGCCACAAACUACUCCUGAAAACAUUGCUAAAAACUUCGACCAGUACACCAUAGACCCUUCAACCCGAUACCCCAACCUCAACUCCUCCUGCGUUAGACCUAACCAAGUGCGUCACCUAUACGUCACUGGAGAGCUUAAUACCUGCUCCCUGGAGCGUGCCGCUACGAUACGACGGCCUGUCAAUCUCUACAGGCGAGAGUCUGAGAUCCGGCCGUCGCGGCUCCUUUCUUGGUGCCAGAAACAGAUCGAUGGCUACAGCAAAGUGUUGAUAACAGACUUGACGACUUCUUGGAGAAGUGGCAUCGCCCUUUGUGCCCUCAUCCACAGAUUCAGACCCCAGCUGAUAGAUUUUGACUCUUUAAAUGAGGAGGAUCACACCGCAAACCUCCAGCGGGCUUUUGACAUCAGCGAGCGGGAAUUCGGGAUCAAGCCUUUCGCUUCUGCGCUGGACCUGAGCGCUGACGAGGAGCUGGACAAGACCAGGAUGAUCUCUUACCUGUCCAAGUUCUACGAGCUCUUCCGCGGAACGCCUCUACCGCCGUCGGCCUCCAGAAGAGUGGAUGAAAACAACGAAGAAUAUCCUUCAGAAGAAGUCAGAGCCAAUAUUAAAGUUCUAAAUCUUGCACUGACAAGGAAGCGGGUACCAAAGGAUGAGAAGAAGUCAGACGUUACAGACUCUAUUUACAAAAGGAGGCGAAGGUUCUAUCUGGAGGAGGCCACUAUUUCAUCGGGCAACGGCUCCUCCGUGCAACACGAACAGGAUCCAAAGGAAAGUAAAGUGCGCUCAAUGGCUUCUCAGCUGCAGGCUAAAUUUGAAAAUCAAAACAGCUACACGAUUCAUAAAACACAGUCAGACUGUGAGUUGUCCUUGGUGCUCCCUAAUCUUAAUCAGACUGCGCCUCGGCCUGUUAAGAUCAGGUCUCCUAAGCCUUCAAUGACGCAGUUUGAAAAAAGUAUCAGAAAAGCAGCUGAACAGUUAGUCAACCUCCCUCCAAAGACUCUGCCAAAACCCCAGCUCCAUCCUCAGCCCCGGCAUCCCUUUUCAGUCGUGAAGCUCAGACAUGUCGAUCAAACCGUCUCUGAGAUGAAGCCGCAGCCUCAGUGUGAGAGUCCUGAGCCCCCCGCGUCUCCUCCGUCCUGCCGCCCUGCUAUCUGUUUCAUGACAAGAGUUCUGCAUCGCCUCAAAGAGGUGGAUGAGCACGUAUCUGAGAAAAAAGCGCAGACACAACAAGUUAGAGAGUUUCAGACAAAGAGCAUAAAGGAAAAAGCUGUUCACCUUAGAGGACUGUUCUCAGGACACAGUUCUGAUGUUCUCAAGGGAAGUUCGAUAAGAAGGACUUUUUCGCAGUCGGCCGAUAAGUGCCACUCGUGCUCCAAGCGCGUUUACAUGGUUGAGAGGGUCUGUGCAGAAGGGCUCUACUUUCACCGGGAAUGCUUCCGGUGUUCAACCUGCAACUGUUCUCUGCCACCGGGAGCGCAAGCCUUCAACUCUGAAGAAGGGAAACUGUACUGCAAACUUCAUUUCUGUCAACACAACAACGGGACAAAUCUGCGGAGGACUGUUUCUCUACCUCCAAACCGUCAUCGAGCUCAGGGACGACUUGCUGAGGACAGCGAGAGCUCCCAGUGCGGCGGCUCGGCAGAGCUGCAGAGCGCGCCCGAAGCAGGUACCUGCACCUCGUUCAUAAAGAAAAGGCUGAACUGGUCGCUGAGCGUGACUCGCGCUGUGUGUAACGCCCCCUGGCAUCUGUCCCACUGCGCUCGCAGCGCAGCGCAGGCCCUCACCAGCCACCUGAGGGACAACGCCCAUGACUACACGUUGUUGUAUGAGCUGCUGAGCGUGAGCUUGCCCCUGCUGUUUGUCUUGCAAGAGGUUCUGCAGCAGAUGUACGCCGACGUUGUCCCCGAUGGGCCGAGCACCUUGCAAACUGCGCUGCUGUGGCUGCAAGAGCAGGUCGGGCACAGGCUCAUCUAGUUCCUCGUCAGGCGAAAAGGAGCUUUACCCUGGAACGGUUGCUCCGUGUUUCCACCAAAUUAGAGGCCCAGAUGCACACUGGCUGAGAUUUGUCAUUAUUUGUAACUGCACACACAGGCGCGUUCUUUUAGGUUUACUCGUUUGUAAGCGCAUUCGAUUGCGAUUGUGCGUCAACCAAAGAGAAGAAGACCGGCCAGUGAUGAGGUGAACGAAUGCGUUGAAUGGUUACUAACGCAGGUAAGUUAAACUGACCAAAAUCAGUUAGUUGAUGUCUGGUCACCGUUGGUGUGGAUUUGACCUAGUCACAAACUGUUUCUGAAAUCCGGUAAAUCGCUCCGUCAAAGAUAUGACUGAUGAACUUGAUGCACUUUACCCCGGGGAACUGCUUAGUUGCAAUAAGCUGUCGUCUUGGACAGAAAGUCCUGUCUCAAGUUAACAGCCAUCACUUUGCGGCCUAAUUCUUGAUAAAUGCAGUAUUUAGAAACGUCAGCAGGGCUGUGUUUUACUGACUCUGUGGCAAGUGGCUGUUUCCUUUUAUGGAUUGUUAAGUUUUAUUUUACAUUUUCAUUAAAAAACACACAACACAAGAGUCUGCCACUGUGGACUGUCCUUAAUGCUGGAGCCUGUCUGGCUUUAUUUUUGCUGCCAUCUACUGCUGACCCAAAGAAUUACAGCAGGACAACGAGACGUUCGACCUCAAAUUACUGAUUUAUUUUUAUGCUCACCGUUUUAAACGCUCCUGUUUGAUAUGUUCAGAUUUGCUCGGACAGUGUAAUACAAAUGCACGCUGUAACCCAUUUGAAUGUGUUUGCCAUUUUUCCAAAGCAUGCUGUUGGAAAAUCAACUGCAAACCCCUCUGACUGGAACCACCUAGCUGCUUCCUUUUAAAGUACGCGGUCUAAUGAUGCUCACAGGGCACUUUGGACUCAGUUUCACUUUUAUUUGAGAUUUAUUUGAAAUUGACUUUUGCAGACAUGUGUUUACAGCAUGGUUGAACUUACUGUUUUGUUAUCAGCUUUGUGAUAUUAGGAGUUAAGUCUGCAACUAAGUGCCUUGUUUACUGUACAGGAGGAAAACAUAAGCCUUUCAGAAAUACCAAAUGACUUUUUUUAGCACAAACUGGACUCAUAAAAAAAGAUAAUUUAUACAUCUUUAAAAAUUAUGAAUCUGCAAUGGCUUAUUGUGAAUGUUUAUGUUGUCAUGUUUGCGGAAACAUUAAAUGCUUGUGUGCA